AUGCGAGGCUUCAGCUUUAGGAACAUGAAUAUCUAUAGAUAUCAGUCUAAUGGAUAGUAAAAUGAGAACUUGUUUCACUCUUAAGCUGAGAUUAGCAAUAAUCAUGAAUGCACCACACCAACUCUGAAUAAAGCAUCUAAGUUACUACCCAAACUAAGGCCAGAAGAUAUAGUGAUAAAUAAAAAUCUUCGUAGUCUUAUUGGAAAAGAUAUUUAGAACAUUUAAAAGGUACCAAGUCAUAAUGAUAGCCAGAAAAUGAGAUAGUCCAUGGACUAGAAAAUGCUUAAGAGCAAUAUCAAUGGUCUACUUGUGCAAUAAAGAUAACUUAACUUAACAAGUGACAUAGGCCAUCCCUCAAGAUAUUAACUAGAGCAGCUAAGAACUCCCAAUAAUGACUACUAGUAGAUUCAUAAAUCUUAAGAAAGGAUUUUUAAGAAGCAGCCUGUUUUCAGAAAUAAACUCACAUCUACAAAUGUGUUCCAGAGAUAACAACUCAAAUAACUUACUCUAAAUAAUAAUUCCCCAUAAUAACAAAGCUCUGGAAUUUCUACAUCGAUUAACAAGAAUAAAUUUGUAAGACCUUAUUUUCUUGACAAAAUUGAUGAUAUUAUGAACUAAAGCUAGACCUAACCCACUCCUGCACCACUUAUAGAACCAGGUCCAAGAAAAAAUAAAAUCAAGGACAUGGAAAUCAUGAAACUCAGAAUUAAAGAACUGGAAAAUAAAAUUAAACUUAGAAGAAAGGAUAUUGAGAGACUAUCAUAAACUAAUGAUUUUGAAAGAUAGUCACUCCAAUAAAGCUAGUAUAUGAAUAUGAAAUUAUCAACCAGAAUAAGUGAGAGCAGCAGAAUCUCACCAAGAUUUAAUAUUUCGAAAUACGAGUAAGAAUUAGAGCAAUCAGACUUAAAUAUUAUCAAUACAAACGCCAAAGUGAUCGACAAUCUCAUUCAAGAUAGUGUUAGAUCAGCAGUAACGCAGCAAACUAGUUUCCCUCAACAAAAUAAAAACCACGAGAAGGAGAUUCAUCACAUUUACAGCUUGUACUUUGAAAAUGAUUUGUAAAAUGUGAAAGAUAGAGCAAUCUAAUAAAUGACUGACUUUAGAAAUCGGUAAGAUCAGUAAAACAAUAAUUUGGAGUCACUCAGAGUUGAAAAUAUGAGACUUCAAAAGACUCUAAAUAGAUAUAAGGAUUUGAUGAAUGAUCCAAAUUUAAAGAAAACUCUUGCUACUAGAUAAAAACUUAAAAUGCAUGGGAUGUUAAAUCAUAAAGAUACAAUGCUGAAGCUAUAAGAUGACACAUUAUCUCAAGUUUCAAAUUCUAUAAUGCUAGACAAUUUAGAUGACAUUAAUAUGAAAGUAAUGAAGUAUCAAUAAUUGCCAAUGCUGGGAAAUGAACCUGCUCUCUCCAUACAAGGUGGAGAGCAUCAGAGUUAAACAAUGACAACAGCUGCACCAGCAUUUAUGGAAAUUAGUAAAAUUGAAAAAUUUACAAUGAAUUGGCCUAUGAUUAGUAAAUAGCCCAAGCCAUUAGAUAUGAUUGUAGGGCUUUUAAGCGAAUUCAAAAAUAUCUUCAAGCCAUCAAAAUGCACAUUAUUCAUAAUGGAUAAGGGAAUGCAGGAAAGAAUUUCAAAAUAGAGUAAAGAUAAAAAGAAAUAUGUUAAAAGACUCCAAAUGGGUACCGAUGUUAUUCAUGCAGUAUUUCCUAAUGAGGAUGAUUUUUGCGGACCAAUUUUUAAGACUCUUGAAGAGUCAGAAGUAGUAGUAAGAACGUAAAAAUGGAUCAUGAUUCCAGUUCAUUUCAUGAUUAAUCAAAAGAAUGUCCUUGUAUUUUGUGUCUAGUUAGAAGCAGAUCUCUCUAAAGAAAAUGAAAUGCAGCAACUUAGUAAAAAGAUGGGGAAUAGAACCAGGAAAAAGCUGCCUAUGCAUCUGAGCAAAGGCUGGAAUUACAGUGAUUAAAACCUUAUAAAAAUAAUGGUUGAAUAUCUACUAUCUAAAAUUGAAGUAGUCAUAUAUUAGCAAGUGCUAUUAGAAAAGAAUGAUAAGGUCGAUGAAAUAAUUAAAUUUGCAUUUGAUAUCUGUGGCAGAAAAACAUAUCGAUAACUUAUAAGAGGACUUAAAAGGCAGUUAGUAAAGCUGACAGGGUUUUAGGAGAUUGGAAUUCUCUUUCAUGAUAUAAAAUGUAACAAUAAGAUUUUUAAUGAUAUAUAUAUAGUGAAGGAAUUUUUUACAGUCUCAACUGAAAUUGAUAUAUCAAACAUUAAGCCUCGAAUUAGUCUAUAUGAAGCCUCAAAAGAUAAGCGGAAGUCUAAAUUUAUCAAAUCUAUGGUUCGGCCUAAAUUAACUAAGGAAUAGCAAGAUAUUGAAAAUGAAUAGCAUGUUAGAAUUGAAGAUGAGUUGAUAUUCCCAGACGAUGCAGUAGUUAGAUUUCCUGCUACUGUUGGUAUUACUGGUGAUGUUUUUAAAAAUCAUGGCAUUAUAUUUAACAACCAUUUUUCUAGUAACCCGAACCAAGAUCAGCUCUAAAAAACUGGUGGAUAAAAUCCAUCUACUAAUACUAGUCUUAAGUCUAUUGGUUCAUCAUUUAAUCAGAAAAAGAAAUCAAAUGGCUUCAAUAGUGAUGUUGAUAAUUAUAUUGGAGUAAAGCAAAUCAAGAAUUUUCUGAUUGCAUCCAUAAAUGAUUAUGAUGAAUCUGAACAGAGAUACUCCAUGGGAGUAAUAUAAUUUUUCAAUAAAGAUAGACCUAUAUCAGAUGAGGAUCAAAUUAGAAUAAUUGCUCUAUAGAGAUUCCUAGGAGCUUCAGUAAGCAGAGUCAAAGUAUUCACAGGUUCAUUGACUGUGAUGGUAGGAUUAAAUAUGAUUAUGGAUUAACAGUCUCAGGACUUAGCAAAUCUUGAAGGCGAAGUUAAUGCUCACCUUACUGAAAUAGGGCAAAUCAUGCUUCCUUUUGAAGGACUAAGGAAGCAUCUUGAUGGUUACUGGAAUGAACUGGGUUAUAACUAGAUUGAAACAGGCAAUCCUUCUAGUGGUGCAAUAUUUGUUCAAAACAUUUGA